ACGAUGUCCUUUCACUUUCACCUGUUCAACGUUUGAUUGACAGAUAGCUGUGGAUGCGGAGACCUCGCGUUACUCAAUGUGCGCUUGAAAAUCAUCGGCAUUUAAGUUUGGCUGGUUCUUGAUGGUGACAUCAAAACUGCUUGGCUUUCUUAGUUAGGUCUCCUGAUUGUCAACUCAAUGUGACCGAAUGUCAACUGAAUAAGAGCAAAGACAGAUAGGGAUUGUCUUCAGUUUUGUUAUUUUACAUUACUUUGAAAGUUAACGGCAUUAAUGAACACUUUCCACUGUUAAGUCAACGGGAAAAUAACAAUAUGCAAUCUUUCUUCACAAGUUCGAAGUGGCUCCUGAAGAUUCCCGUGGUGUAUAAUCAGUCACAGAAGACUAUUUCAUUUGUGAUAUGUAGAAAACCUUUCUUACAAUGUACCACACUACCUAAACACACUACGUCUGUAUGGAGUCCGAAGUGUUUAACUACUUCAGUGAAAUUAUAUGCAGAGUCAAAGAAAAACACAGAGAUUGACAUAACAAGAGAGAGUCCCUUUUCUGAAUUAACCACGAAGGAAAAGGUAAAAGAAGCUGGUAAAACAUCAUUUUGGGGAGGAAUUAUUCUCUUUGGUGUUGGUAUAACAGGUGGUCUGCUCUACAUCAUUGGAAAGGAAGUGUUUUCCAGUCAAAGUCCUAGAGGAAUAUAUAGUAAUGCCUUUGAUCUAUGUAAGCAGAAUACAGAGUUGAUGGAUGUGCUGGGUGAGCCUGUAAAAUGUUAUGGUGAAGAGACUAGGAGAGGCAGACGUAGACAUACCAGCCAUGUACAGUUUGAACAGGAUGGUGUACAGCAUAUGAAAAUGGUGUUUUACAUUGAAGGGCAUCUAAAAAAAGGCAAAGUUCAUCUAGAAGUACAAAGGAUGCCUGGACAGAAGUAUGAGUACAGGUAUCUGUUUGUGGAACUGUAUGGUUACCCAUCACGCACCAUAAUCAUUCAGGACAACAGAUAACUCAAAUAUCGUCCUAGCAGAGGAACAGCCUAAUACCUCUACACAGUAGAUAUUUGUUUGAUUCAGGGAGAAAUGAACAGUUGUUAUAGCAAGAAUAUAACACCCAAGAGAACUGUUUCAGCAUGUAUUUUUGCUCAAGGCAAUAAAACAAUUUGCUAUGAU